AUGAAUUUGAAUCCUACUUCCCCUCAAGUCGAGGAGGCAUUCACUUUCUGGGGUACUCCAGAAGGUGAUCUGGUCCAUCCUGCUGAGUGUAAGCAGCAGUUACUCGAGAAAGUUAGGCGUCAUAGAGUCAAUGGAUGUCUGCGGAAACUUGAUCCCGGAAACUUAUGGAGUCUUAAACUGGAUGAGAGAAGAUUUUGGUGUUAG